UAAGCCGAUCCCCUGGCUGCGAGCGGCGGGUGGCGGCGACGGUCUUGGUCUGUGGGUUCUUCUCCGCCAUCGCCUGGAGCACGUCACAGAACCAUUCACCAUGUCGAUGGGGCUGGAGAUCGGCGGUGUGGCCUUGUCUGUGCUGGGUUGGUUGUGCAGUAUUAUCUGCUGCGCGUUGCCCAUGUGGAAGGUGUCGGCCUUCAUCGGCAACAACAUCGUGACGGCCCAGAUCCUCUGGGAAGGGCUGUGGAUGAGCUGCGUGGUCCAGAGCACGGGGCAGAUGCAGUGCAAGGUCUACGACUCCAUGUUGGCACUGCCUCAGGACUUGCAAGCUGCCCGCGCCCUGCUGGUGGUAGCCAUCAUCUUGGCUGUUCUGGGCUUAAUGGUGGCCAUCGUGGGCGCCCAGUGCACCCGCUGCGUGGAGGACGAGAGCACCAAAGCCAAGAUCACCAUUGUCUCCGGUGUCAUCUUCCUCCUCUCUGGAGUCAUGACUCUCAUCCCUGUGUGCUGGUCGGCCAACACCAUCAUCCGGGAUUUCUACAACCCGCUGGUGAUCGAGGCUCAGAAGCGGGAGCUGGGCACCUCGCUCUACGUGGGCUGGGCAGCCUCCGCACUCCUGCUGCUGGGGGGGGGCCUGCUCUGCUGCUCCUGCCCCCCCAAAGACGACAGGUACCCCACGGGCAAGGUGGCCUACUCCGCCCCACGCUCAGCCGUCACCAGCUACGACAAGAGGAACUAUGUCUGAGCCCCUCCAGGGUCCCUCAGCAACCCUCGAUAUCCUCCCCCACCCACCCUGGGACCCUCAUUGCCCUCCGUGGGGCCCGGGGGCGGCAGCGCCGGGGCGGGGGGGGGUGCGAAGAAGGGGACGGGGACGGCCGCGGGGUCAGGGCCGGGCUGUGUAAAUAGAGACAGUUUCGGUUAAACACGAGGCAGUUUCGGGUCGGCGGGAGAAGCGGAGCCCGGCGAGGCCCUGCCACGCCGAUGGGGCACGAUGGGGACGGUGCCCCCCUGCUGUGUUCCCCCAUGGCUGCUGGCCCGACACCGUCUGUCCCUGUUACGCGUGGUCUGUACCGGUUACAUUUGUCAAUAAACGUGUCCUGUUUUGGUA